GCAGCUCGCACGACUGCCUGCAGCGCUGACAAGCUGCCGCACGUGCAAUCCGGCUGUCGUGGGCAGCCUCCCAAAAGCGCUGUCCUGGGCAGCAGGGAUCAGGCUCAGGCUCAGGCUAAUUACGUCGGAUCGCCUGUAGGAGAGGAUGUCCUGGUUCCUUGAGGAUGACCAGGUGAAGGCCCAAGGCGAGGGCGCGAUCCUGGUCCUCGUCCCGCCCGGUGCGGCGCCGGGAGCGUGGAUACGCACGGACACUGAUGCGUCGACCGGCCCAAUCGACGUCCAGAUCCCGCGGGGCGUAUGGCCCUAUGGGUAUUUCGAAGUCCAGGACCCGAAGAACCCGUACCCGGUUACGGUCCGAUUCGAGGUCCCUGCGACCGUCGCCGCGGGCGAUCUGGUGCAGGUGCCGCGGCCCGGCGGGGGGCUGGUGCCUGUCCGCGUGCCGGCGGGCGCGGAGCCCGGAGACUCGGCCGAGGUCUCGCUGGGGGCGAACUAUACGAACUCUGGGUCCGUGGACCAAGUCUCGCCUGAGCACGUCUCGCUGACCGAGCGGACAAAACAGCCCACCUGUUGCCAGUGUUGCGGCGAUAGCGACAUGACCGAUUUCAACCAGCACAAGAGCGGGUGCUUCGUCAACGAUUGCUGGGGGUUUCCCUGCUUCUGCUUGAAGACGAAUCGGCAGCGCGCGGCCCUCGUCCUCGAGAAGUUCAGGGCGGUGCCGGUGGACAUAGCUUCGCCGGGCGACGCCGUCGCGGUGGCCGGGCGCGUCGUCGCGACGGAUGGCGUGCUGCAUGCGCCGUGUUCUGGGCGCAGCUGCGUCUAUUUCGAGGUGGGCACCGGGAGCGAAGGAGAAGGCUACUACGUCGUCACGCAAGGAGUCGAUUUUUCCCUUGAGGCGGGCGACCGUGGUUUCCUUGAGGCGGGCGACCGUGGUCACGGACCUGUCCGCUCGUGCCGAGUCAGCCAGAAUGCCAGCGACGGGCUGCGCGCCACCUUCAAACACGACUCUAGGUAUUUCGCGGGCACAUGGCAACGGGGCGCGGACGGGACUGUGGCCCAAGGCACCCUGCCGCCGGCGCUCGUCGACGUCUUCAAGGAACGGUGGCCCGGCGUAUCCUGGGAAAACAAAACCUUUUUCGAGAAGGCCUUCGUCGUCGGGGAGCCGCUCACGUGCCUCGGCCGCCUCGAGCGGCAGUAUUUUGAAUACGGCGGUAAUAAUCCGCAAGUGAAGCUCUUCCUCACGCCGGCCGCGCGGGGCGCCGCCGACAAAACGGGCUGGAGCUGCACCGAGAGGCGGUCGUGGAACGCGCUGCUCGCCCCGGGUCGCGCCCGAGUCCUCGCCUCGGACGACCCCAAGCAUCUACCAGAAAAGCUACGCAAGCUCGAGGCGCCGCUGCCCGAGGCCAUCGGCGAGCGGGGCAACCCGCCCGGAGGCAGCGCUGGCGGCGACGUGAACACGACCGACUGUUGUGUUGUGUGCCUCGGUGCCAUCUGCGGUGGCUGA